AUGAUGGAGACGAUAAGGGACUCGUCCUUUGGAUUAUUGCUUCGAAUUGUGACCAGACCUCAUCGUCUGUCUUAUAUCGAAGAACGAAAUGACUUUGUUACACCGAAACUCGAUCGAUCGGCAAACGGGUCUGCGGAGAACACGAGUGUUGAUCAAUCGUCUUGUAACAAUACAUCUCCUGAUACUAGUACCGAGAUCGUGACAUGGUAUGCUGAUAACGAUAAUGAGAAUCCAAGGAAUUGGUCACUGUUCAAGAAAUCAUAUGUAACAUCAUUGAUAAUGUUAUUGACAUCAACUGUAUAUCUUGGAUCAGCGAUCUAUGCACCUGCUUCGGAAAGUGCAUCUGAAUUCUUCAAUAUAUCAACGACAGUCAGUUCUUUGGGUGUAUCACUUUUCGUAGCUGGAUAUGGUAUUGGUCCGCUUUUCUUGAGUGGUAUAACGGAAAUUCCAAUUAUAGGUAGAACUCCAAUUUAUAUAAUUACUUUAGUUAUUUUUUUGAUUGUACAAAUCCUUACUGCUACAGUGAACAAUUUCGCUGGAUUUUGUAUAUUAAGAUUUAUAGCUGGUUUUAUGGGUUCUCCGGCUCUUGCUUCAGGAGGCGCAUCACUAGACGAUAUGUUUCCAGCUCAUAAAUUGGCUUAUUCAAUGGGAUUAUGGGGUUUAUCAGCCGAAGCAGCACCGGCUUUAGCACCUAUAGUAUCAAGUUUCGCUGUCGAAGCUAAAGGUUGGACAUGGGCAUUUUGGGAAAUGACUUUCUUGUCAGGUUUUUGUUUGAUCGUUCUUUUCUUCACUUUACCAGAAACAUCUCCCGAUACGAUAUUAUUACGAAGAGCUCAACGAAUUCGACUUAAAACUGGAAAUUCCAAAUAUCAAUCUGAAUCUGAAAUAACGCAUUCAUCAUUAUCCUUCUCCGAUAUCUUGUUCAAAUCCCUCCUACGUCCUCUCUCGUUGACAUUUACAGAACCUAUUAUCAUCGCCAUCAAUCUUUAUAUCGGAUUAGUAUAUGCCACUCUCUAUAGUUUUUUCGAGAGUUUCCCUUUACUUUAUGAAGACGGUUAUGGAUGGGAUCUGGGUAUAUCCACUUUACCUUUUGCAGCUUUAUUCAUAGGUUCUUUCCUUGGUUUCACGAUAUAUUGUACAUGGAAUUGGAUAUACAUUGAUAAGCCCUAUGACCCGAAAGAAACUUCGAUGUCUCUUCCUGAAACUCGUCUUCCCCUGGCAUUGUUUGGAGCCUUUUGCUUUCCUGUAUGUAUCUUCUUGCUCGCAUGGACAGCUGUGAGAACACAUUGGAUCGUCCCUAUCUCAGCUGGAAUACCGUUUGGCAUAGGAUCUACCUUAGUGUUCAAUCCCUUUCUGACGUAUCUGCCGUAUGCAUACCCCCAAUAUGCGGCAUCGGCAUUGGCGUCAAAUGACUUCUUCAGAUCAAUGAUGGGUGCCGGAAUGCCCGUUGUCGCUCAUCCGUUAUUUGGAAAUCUCGGAAUAGACUGGGGAAAUACUUUGAUUGGUAUCUUGACAGUUUGCAUGAUACCCAUACCAUUCGCUUUAUAUCGUGCGGGACCGUGGCUGAGAAGACGGAGCAAGAUCGCUCUUUAG